AUGAUCUCCCUACGGCUCCUCUCCCGGGCGAGGCCUGUCACCGACCAGCAGUCGCUCCGCUCAGCCCGGAGCUCUCCUAAUCCCCGAGCUCAAGUAGAUUCCGCUGGCCCGCGGCCUGCACUCUCCGCCGGGCCUACGCCUCCCCGGCCGCCCGGCAGGGAGCCCGGUUCCCCGUCACCGAAGCCGGCCGGGAGAGGCUACGAACCCCGCCGCCACCGCCGCCGCCGCCGCCACCCAGGGUGGCUGCCGCCGGAGAGGAGGACCUGGCGCCGGCGCCACCGCCGCCACCGCCGCCGCCGAAAUAAAAGAGCAGGAAUUUACCUGGGCGAAUCGGCGUCUGAAUCCGAAGCGGAGGCCGAGGCCGCGGUGGCAAGAGAGAGAGAGCGAGAGAGCGAGACUAUAAUCCGGGCCGGGAGGGGGGGUGGCUACGGCUCCUCUUCCGUCUCCUCAGUGCGGGGAACAUGUAGAGCCGGGGGGAGAGCAGCCGAGAAGACAAAUCGCGGCUUCUUCUUCGUCCUCCUCCUCCUUCUCCCACAUAGAAACACUCACACAAACACCCGGCCGGGGGCCCCGAGCUACCGGGGGGGCAUCGCCGCGGGCCCGGGAACCAAUCCUCCUGGCGGCGGGGGCGUCCCUCCCUGGCGGCUUUGCUGGUGUCGGGUGAGUCGGUACCGACGGAGGGAGGGAGGGACGGGAGGGCGGGCGGGGGGGAAGGAGCCCAGUGUGUGUGUGUGUGUGUGUGUAUGUGUGUGUGUGUGUGUGUAUGUGUGUGUGUAUGUGUGUGUGUGUCUCUCUCUCUCGUUCCGUCUCUCCCUCUCAGAACAAAAUGCCGACCGGAAGUGCAGCUGCAGGAAUGACUCCCUCCGCCGGCGCCAAACACUAACAACCACCCCCUCUUCCCUACUCCACUUCCGCCGCCGCCACCGCCGCCGCCGCCACUCGGGCUCGCAGCUCUGCCUCAGCGCGCCGGCUCCCGCGGGCUCCGGAGGCGCGGCGGCGGCGGCGACAGCGGCGGAGGCAGCGGGAGCAGCAGCGGCGGUUCUGCUCCGUGCCCUUGUCCUGUGCAACGGACGGCCGUGGAUGCUGCCCGUGGGGUCGCUUCUGCAAGACGGCGUCUACGCCGUUGCUCGGGUGACCGGCUUGAUUUUUUUUUUUUUUUUUUCCUUUUGGUCCCCCUCGAGGCGACAGCAGCCGGGCGCUGGUCCGCUGUGGUGGCGUGAGGCCGGGAUCUCCCUCUUCUCAGGCGCUCCGGGCCUCAUAGCCCCCCACCCUCAAUCCCGGAGAAGGCGGCCAGCCGAGGCCGCGCUGCUCUCCCUGACUGGCCGGCCCCGGGCCCCGGGGGGAAGCCGAGCUCCCGCUGCCGGCGGGUUGGAUGCCGACCUUUCAAACGCUGUUCCCGCAGCCGUGAUGGAUGGAUCGUCCCGGGAGCGGCCGGAUCCUAUGUCUGUCUGGGUUAUUUUCUGCGAAGAACACAGUCCUCGGAGGUGAAGACUCCCAGCCUGGCUGAGUUGGAAUCGUGAUCGUGGUGGUGGUGGUGCAUUAAUUUCUGGAAAUACGAGAGGGCUGCUGGACUUGCCUCUUUUUUUUUUUUUUUUUUUUUUUUUUUUCCUUUUUGGCGGUGGUUUUGAUUGCCUCCCUGGUAGUCGGGAUAAGGCCUGUAGGCGACGCUGUGCAAGCAAGGAGCCGGUCGCUCUGGCGCUGCGAUCUAGGUGUGGGUGGAGCCCAGGCCAUCCUGACGCCGGGCACCGGAGCCCCGGCACCGGCGCACUUCAAAACAUCGUUUUCCUCUGUAUGUUGAAAACUCAGAGGCUCUGGACAAGGCUGGAGUACAAAAUGUGAAUACGAAUACAGUACCGUACCCGAUGGUAGUGUCUUACUGUAAAACCGGAGGGCAUUUCAUCGCCACACAGUUUUCUGUUUGCUUGCUUGUUUGUUUGUUUGUUUUUGUAUAAAUUGUAAGGGGGCUAAUUCUUCAGGUAAAAAGUGCCAGUAGGUAAGCACAUUUUACUCAGGAGGAACCAUAUUAUAUUUUUUUAAAUAAAAUAAGUUGUCAGCGUUAA